UCCCACAACCUUUUCUUAGCAGCCUCCUCAGUCCCAUCUUUUCUCUUUCUCUCACAUUUUUCCGUGUAGUUUUCUGUGUGUUCUUUUUGUCUUUUUAAUUCAGUUUGUAUUAGUAUCCCUCAAUUCAUACCAAACAUUCAUUAAUUGAUUCAUUCAUUCUUUUCUUCCUUCGCUUGUCUGCUACGAAACCUCUCAACCCAAUUGCCUAUCCUGAAUCUCCCACCCUCUGAAACCAGCAAAAAAGACCCCUUUUUUUUGUUGAUUACUGCUCAUAAUUCAUUCAUGAGGAUUUUGCUGUGUUCUCACUGAAACGAGGGAGCUGUAAGCUAAGGGUGUUUGGUAUUGGCUGUGAUCUGGGGGCGGAGGCGGAUCUGAGGUGAAGAUCUCUGGAUCACAGCAAGCUGGCUGCAACACUGGCUUGGAGGUUUGCUGCCACCAAUGGCAGCAGCCUUCCCACCAAUGACUUGGAGAGAAAUGGGGAUGUUAAACCUCAAGACUCAGAGCCUCCGACUCCUCAUUCCCUCAUGAAGAUGGGUUCAAGAGACCGUAGUAACAUGGAGGAUCCAGAUGGUACAUUAGCAAGUGUUGCUCAAUGCAUUGAGCAAUUGCGCCAGAACUCUUCAUCUAUACAAGAAAAAGAGUAUUCCUUGAGGCAAUUGCUGGAACUUAUAGAUACACGUGAGAAUGCUUUCAGCGCUGUUGGAUCACAUUCUCAGGCAGUCCCAGUGCUUGUGUCGCUUCUUCGUUCAGGAUCACUUGGAGUGAAGAUGCAAGCUGCUACUGUCUUAGGCUCCUUAUGUAAAGAGAAUGAAUUACGGGUAAAAGUCUUACUUGGUGGUUGCAUUCCUCCACUGCUUGGUCUUCUGAAAUCAAGUUCAGCAGAAGGUCAGAUUGCAGCGGCAAAGACCAUACAUGCUGUAUCUCAAGGUGGUGCUAAGGACCAUGUUGGGUCAAAAAUUUUUUCCACUGAAGGGGUUGUGCCAGUGCUUUGGGAGCAAUUGGCAAAGGGACUCAAGACUGGAAAUGUAGUUGAUGACUUGUUAACUGGAGCUUUGCGGAACCUAUCUAGCAGCACAGAGAGAUUCUGGACAGCAACGAUAGAAGUUGGAGGAGUAGAUAUACUUGUGAAGCUGCUCAAAACAGGGCAGUCAAGUACCCAAGCCAAUGUUUGCUUUCUCCUGGCAUGUAUGAUGAUGGAAGAUGCAUCUAUUUGUUCAGGGGUCUUAGCUGCUGAGGCCACAAAACAGCUCCUCAAAUUACUUGGACCUGGCAAUGAUCCCUCUGUUAGAGCAGAAGCUGCAGCUGCUCUUAAAUCUCUUUCUGCACAGUGCAAAGAGGCGAGGAAGGAUAUAGCAAAUUGCAAUGGUAUACCUGCUUUAAUAAAUGCUACAAUAGCCCCUUCAAAAGAAUUCAUGCAGGGUGAGUUUGCUCAAGCUUUGCAAGAGAAUGCAAUGUGUGCUCUGGCCAAUAUUUCUGGUGGCUUAUCGUAUGUCAUUUCCAGUCUUGGUCAAAGCCUCGAAUCAUGCACCUCUCCUGCACAGGUGGCUGACACAUUAGGGGCUUUGGCUUCAGCUCUCAUGAUAUAUGAUAGUAAAGCAGAAACUGCUAGAGCAUCAGAUCCGCUAGAGGUGGAGCAGACACUGGUUAAGCAAUUUAAACCUAACUUAGCAUUUCUGGUGAAGGAGCGAACAAUAGAAGCCCUUGCCAGUCUGUAUGGUAAUACGGUACUCUCAAGUAAACUUGCAAAUUCUGAUGCAAAACGCCUGCUUGUUGGUUUGAUUACCAUGGCAACUAAUGAAGUUCAAGAUGAGUUGAUUAAGUCCCUUCUCAUUCUCUGCAAGAAUGAGGGUAGUUUAUGGUAUGCCCUUCAGGGUCGUGAAGGGAUCCAGCUAUUGAUAUCACUUCUUGGUCUUUCAUCAGAGCAGCAACAAGAGUGCUCUGUUGCAUUACUUUGUCUUCUAUCUAAUGAAAAUGAUGAAAGUAAAUGGGCUAUAACAGCCGCUGGUGGCAUACCUCCACUUGUUCAAAUUUUGGAGACGGGGUCUGCAAAAGCCAAGGAAGAUUCUGCUACCAUACUUGGAAACCUGUGUAACCAUAGUGAAGAUAUACGAGCAUGUGUUGAAAGUGCUGAUGCUGUUCCAGCUUUGUUAUGGCUGCUAAAAAAUGGUAGCUCCCAUGGAAAGGAGAUUGCUGCAAAGACUUUAAAUCAUUUGAUUCACAAAUCAGAUACAGCAACCAUCAGCCAACUUACAGCACUAUUAAUUAGCGAUCUUCCUGAAUCUAAGGUCUAUGUCUUGGAUGCAUUAAGAAGUCUGCUUUCUGUGGUCCCCAUCAAUGACAUGCUCCGUGAAGGUAGUGCUGCAAAUGAUGCAAUUGAAACAAUGGUAAAAAUCUUGGGCUCGACUAAGGAAGAGACUCAAGCUAACUCUGCAUCAGCUCUUGCUGGUAUCUUUGAACUGAGGAAGGAUCUGCGAGAAAGUAACAUUGCCAUUAAAACUCUUUUGUCAGCAAUGAAGCUGCUAAAUGAAGAAUCAGAGAACAUCUUAGUAGAGUCUUCCAGAUGCCUAGCUGCAGUAUUUCUUUCAAUCAAAGAGAACCGUGAUGUGGCUGCUGUUGCUAGAGAUGCAUUACCCUCAUUGGUUGUGCUUGCCAAUUCUUCAAACUUGCAAGUAGCUGAGCAGGCUGUAUGUGCUUUGGCAAAUCUUCUUUUGGACCGUGAAGUUUCAGAGAAAGCUGUUCCUGAGGAAAUCAUUUUGCCUGCUACUAGAAUUUUGCGUGAUGGAAGAAUGGGAGGAAAGACCCACGCUGCAGCAGCAAUUGCCCGGCUUCUCCAUUCUCGUGAAGUUGACUCUUCCUUGACUGAUUGUGUAAAUCGGGCUGGAACACUUCUUGCAUUGGUGUCUUUCCUUGAAUCUGCAGAUAGCUGUUCUCCUGCUAUGUCAGGGGCUUUAGAUGCUUUGGCUUGUCUCUCUAGGUCAGAAGGAGCUAAUGGGCACAUUAAACCUGCAUGGGUUGUUCUUGCUGAGUUGCCAGAUAGCAUAACCCCAAUAGUCUUGUGCAUUGCUGAUGCAACACCAUUGUUGCAGGACAAAGCGAUAGAAAUACUUUCUCUGCUUUGCCGUGCUCAGCCUAUCGUUUUGGGAAAUGCAGUUGCCUCCGCCUCUGGAUGUAUUUCUGCUAUUGCAGAAAGGGUCAUAAGUACCUCAGCUGCAAGGAUCAAAAUAGGAGGAGCUGCACUUCUUGUUUGCACUGCAAAAAUGAAUCACCAAAAAGUGGUAGAAGAUCUAAAUGCAUCAACUUUAUGCACUCGACUGGUUCAAUCUCUUGUUGGAAUGCUGAGCUCUGUACAGUUUUGUCAUCUUGAAAAUCAGAGGGGUAAAGGAGCCAUCAGCAUUUGCAGGAAUAUCAAAGAAGAAGCAAGUAAAGGAGAAGUGGAGAAGAAUACAACAGCUAUUUAUGGUGUCAACAUAGCCAUAUGGCUACUUUCUGCUCUUGCUAGUCGUGAUGAAAAAAGUAAAAUCGAGACUAUGGAGGCUGGAGCAGUUGAAAUUCUUACUGAGAAAAUUUCCCAAUCUCUAUCACGAUACUCUCAGAAUGAUUUUAGCGAGGACAGUAGCAUAUGGAUUUGUGCCUUAAUGCUGGCAGUUUUAUUUCAAGAUAGAGACAUCAUACGAUCAAAUGCAACAAUGAAAGCUAUACCAGUGCUAGCUAAUUUCUUGAAAUCAGAGGAGCCAGCAAACAGAUACUUUGCUGCCCAAGUUAUGGCCAGCCUUGUCUGUAAUGGCAGCAGGGGAACCCUUCUAUCGGUUGCAAAUUCAGGGGCUGCGGCAGGACUUAUAUCCUUGCUUGGUUGUGCUGAUGCUGAUAUAGGAGACCUUUUAGAAUUAUCAGAGGAAUUCUUUUUGGUGCGUUAUCCAGAUCAAGUUGCUCUUGAAAGAUUGUUUAGAGUUGAUGACAUAAGGGUUGGUGCUACUUCUAGAAAAGCUAUUCCAGCUCUUGUUGAUUUGUUAAAACCAAUUCCAGAUCGUCCAGGUGCUCCUUUUCUAGCUCUUGGACUUCUGAUCCAACUUGCUAAAGACUGUCCUUCAAAUAAGGUUGUAAUGGUAGAGUCAGGUGCAUUAGAAGCUCUGACUAAAUAUUUGUCACUGAGCCCACAAGAUACAACUGAAGAAGCUGCUACUGAUCUUCUGGGUAUUCUUUUUAGCACUGCUGAAAUACGGAAACAUGAAUCUGCAUUUGCUGCUGUUAGUCAACUUGUGGCAGUGCUACGUUUAGGUGGAAGAGCUGCAAGAUAUAGUGCAGCCAAGGCCUUAGAAAGCCUUUUCACUGCAGAUCAUAUAAGGAAUGCUGAAUCAGCCAGGCAAGCUGUUCAACCUUUGGUCGAAAUUCUAAAUACUGGUUUGGAGAAGGAGCAACAUGCUGCUAUUGCUGCACUGGUUAGGCUGCUCAGUGAGAAUCCAUCAAGAGCCCUUGCAGUUGCAGAUGUUGAGAUGAAUGCUGUAGACGUUCUUUGCAGGAUUCUCUCAUCCAAUUGCUCCAUGGAAUUGAAAGGUGAUGCCGCUGAGUUAUGCUCUGUUCUUUUCGGAAAUACAAGAAUCAGAUCCACGAUGGCUGCAGCUCGCUGUGUGGAGCCUCUGGUUUCUCUCCUCGUCACUGAGUUUAGUCCUGCUCAUCAUUCUGUUGUUCGUGCAUUGGACAAACUAUUAGAUGAUGAACAACUUGCAGAGCUGGUUGCCGCACAUGGUGCAGUUAUUCCCCUUGUCGGCCUCCUUUAUGGUCGAAAUUAUUUGCUUCAUGAGGGUAUCUCCAGAGCUCUUGUGAAGUUGGGUAAAGACAGGCCAGCUUGUAAGAUGGAAAUGGUGAAAGCUGGGGUGAUUGAAAGCAUACUUGAUAUCCUUCAUGAAGCUCCUGAUUUCCUGUGUGCUGCUUUUGCUGAAUUACUCAGAAUACUUACCAACAAUUCUAGUAUUGCCAAGGGUCCAUCUGCAGCAAAAGUAGUUGAGCCUCUGUUCAUGUUGUUGACAAGGCCUGACUUUGGACCUGAUGGACAACACAGUACUUUACAGGUUCUUGUGAAUAUUUUGGAGCAUCCACAGUGCCGUGCUGAUUACAAUUUAACGGCUCACCAAGCAAUUGAACCACUGGUUCCUCUACUUGAUUCUCCUGCCUCAGCUGUGCAACAGUUGGCAGCUGAGCUUCUUUCGCAUGUGCUCCUUGAAGAGAAUCUUCAAAAGGACCCAGUAACACAGCAAGUCAUCGGUCCUCUUGUACGAGUUCUUGGUUCUGGUAUACCCAUUUUGCAGCAGAGAGCAGUGAAGGCACUUGUUGGUGUUGCGCUAACUUGGCCAAAUGAAAUUGCAAAAGAGGGUGGCGUUGCUGAGCUGUCCAAAGUGGUAUUACAAGCUGAUCCUUUGCUCCCUCAUGCCUUGUGGGAGUCUGCUGCUUCUGUUCUGUCUAGUAUUCUACAGUUUAGUUCGGAUUUUUAUUUGGAAGUGCCAGUUGCAGUGUUGGCAAAGUUGCUUCGAUCAGGUUCAGACAGCACAGUACUUGGUGCAUUAAAUGCCCUUCUGGUUUUGGAGAGUGAUGACUCUACAAGCGCUCAAGCAAUGGCUGAAAGUGGUGCUAUAGAGGCUCUUCUGGAGCUUCUCAGAUGUCAUCAAUGUGAAGAAACUGCUGCAAGGCUUCUUGAAGUGUUGUUGAACAAUGUCAAAAUCAGAGAAACAAAAGCUACCAAAUCUGCAAUUUUACCGCUAUCACAGUAUCUCUUGGAUCCACAAACCCAAGGUCAACAAGCAAGAUUACUGGCGACUCUUGCUCUGGGUGACCUCUUUCAGAAUGAAGCUCUUGCUCGUACUGCAGAUGCUGUUGCUGCCUGCCGGGCAUUGGUCAAUUUGCUUGAGGAUCAACCAACAGAAGAAAUGAAGGUUGUGGCCAUCUGUGCCUUGCAGAACCUUGUUAUGUAUAGCCGGUCAAAUAAAAGAGCAGUUGCAGAGGCUGGUGGCGUUCAGGUGGUGCUGGAUCUCAUUGGUGCUAGUGACCCUGAUACAUCAGUUCAGGCUGCAAUGUUUAUUAAACUUCUUUUCUCGAAUAAUACCAUUCAAGAGUAUGCUUCAAGUGAAACUGUCAGAGCUAUAACUGCUGCAAUUGAGAAAGAUUUAUGGGCAACUGGAACAGUAAGCGAAGAGUAUCUGAAGGCUCUGAAUGCUCUCUUUGGCAACUUCCCUCGUCUGAGGGCUACAGAACCUGCAACACUAAGUAUUCCACAUCUGGUUACAUCACUUAAGACUGGAUCAGAGGCAAGUCAAGAAGCCGCAUUGGAUGCAUUGUUUCUUCUCAGGCAAGCUUGGUCAGCAUGCCCAGCUGAAGUCUCCCGAGCACAAUCAAUUGCUGCUGCUGAUGCUAUUCCCUUGUUGCAAUAUCUGAUACAAUCAGGACCACCUCGGUUUCAGGAGAAGGCAGAAUUCUUGUUGCAAUGCCUGCCGGGAACACUAGUGGUAAUUAUUAAGCGAGGCAACAAUAUGAGGCAGUCAGUUGGCAACCCAAGUGUUUAUUGCAAGCUGACACUUGGAAACACACCACCUCGACAAACUAAGGUUGUAUCAACUGGUCCUAAUCCAGAGUGGGAAGAGAGCUUUGCGUGGUCCUUUGAAAGUCCUCCCAAAGGCCAGAAACUUCACAUAUCAUGCAAGAAUAAGAGCAAAAUGGGAAAGAGCUCAUUUGGAAAGGUAACAAUCCAGAUUGACCGUGUCGUGAUGCUAGGUGCUGUUGCCGGGGAGUAUACUCUGCUACCUGAAAGCAAAAGUGGACCUUCAAGAAAUCUGGAAAUAGAAUUCCAGUGGUCUAAUAAUAAUCAUGCUACAGUACUUUUAACUGAACAGCAAAACUAGAGAAAAGUACAUGAUACAAAUUUUCGUAAACCAUUUUUCCAGCUUUAUUUAUUUUAACAGUGUAUAUAGUUCUGGGAGAGAUCUUAUUUUUUGUAGUGUUCAUUCUCAAAAUUCGGACGUCGAUUUCCUGAUAUAUUCAUUGCAGUAUGAUCCAACUCAAAUUACCAGCAAGGAUUUGGUGGAUCAAUGUAUACCUUUCUUGUAACAUUUUGUAUUCAUACUUGUGUGAAAUGUCAAAUGUAGAGGAUAGGAUUAAUAAGAUGUUUUGCUAGACAUGCGUGAUUUCUUAUGACUUGUUUGUUUGAGAAUGUAUCAAAGUUGUCUUUAGCAUCA